UUCAUCAUAAAGGAUCUAUUAUCUCUUGCAUUUUAUUCUUGAAGGAGAAUACAAUAUCCUUUUAAGUUGUCUACAACAUGUUUUCCAAAUUUCCUUAACAUUCGUCAAAAAAGAAAAGAAAAAUCUUAUGUUUAAAGUCAAGCGUUGUUAAUUAUUGUAAUUGGUUUUCUUCUCUCUUUUUAAUUUUUUAUUCUUAAGAGUCAACAAAAGGUGAAUUGCACAAGAUAUGCUUUGCCAACAAGUUCACAUGAAUUAUUGUCAAGGAGAAAAAUAAAGCUGCUAAAUUUAUCCUUUCUGAGCUCCCUCAUCACUCAUCAAUGGCCAACGAGAUACUCCACGACUUCUUCCCUUUGCUUAGAGUCUACAAAAAUGGCCGAAUCGAGAGGCUAAUGGGCCAAGAAACCGUUCCCCCAUCUCUCGAUCCAGCCACGGGGGUUCAAUCCAAAGACGUCGACAUCGCGCCGGAGAUCAACCUCUCCGCCCGCAUCUACCUGCCGCCCAACGCCGACCGGAGCAAAAAGCUCCCCCUUCUCGUCUACUACCACGGCGGCGCCUUCAUCAUCGAAUCCGCCUUCUCCGCUCAGUAUCAGAAGCACCUCAACCACUUAGUCGCACAAGCCAACGUGGUCGCCGUGUCGGUGAAUUACCGAUUAGCCCCCGAAUCCCCUCUCCCGGCCGCGUUCGAGGAUUCGUGGCGCGCUCUCAAUUGGAGCGCCGAGGGCAAGGAGGAGUGGAUCAAGGAAUUCGCGGAUCUGAACCGCGUGUAUUUAGGCGGGGACAGCGCCGGCGCCAACAUAGCGCACAACAUGGCGAUGCGGGUCGGGUCGGAGAAUCCGGAGGGGUUCAAUCUGCGGGGGAUUUUUCUCAACUGCCCCUUCUUCGGGGGCGUGGAUCCGAUUGGGAGCGAGACGACGGAGCAGUCCAAGAGAGGGAGGGAAUUCAGUGAGAGGCUGUGGCGAUUCGUUUGGCCGGGAUUGAGGGGCAGCGACGAGGCGUGGGUGAAUCCGGGUAAGGAUCCGAAGAUAUCGGGUUUGGGCUGCGGAAAGGUGUUGGUUUAUGUGGCGGAAAAGGAUUUUCUGAAGGAGAGAGGGUGGUAUUACAAGGAGGUGGUGAGCAAUUGUGGGUGGAAGGGAGAAAUCCAGUGCGUCGAGGUUGCAGGUGAGGAACAUAUUUUCAGUGUGAUUGCUCCUCAUACUGAGAUGGGCAUCGCCAUGCUCCGAAAAGUUGCUUCCUUUAUAAAUCAGUAAUCGUAUCAUAGUUUGGUAUUAAAAAUAGUCCACGAGGUUGGUUUAGAAUUAGACGAUGAACAUUUGGUAUAAUUUGACUGAUUUGGGGAAUUAACUUUUAAUUUCAAACA